AUGCCUGUGGAUGAAAUGCUUCACCUUAGUAUUUCUGAACCCUCUAUGAAUAAUGCCAUGAUCACUCCUCCGGCCGAGGAUGACUUGAAUCGGGGGAAAGUCAUUGAACAGCCUGCGAUCGAAUCUUUAAGUCGCAUCUAUCGAUUGACACCUAAGCCCACUCUCGUAUUAGAUGGCGCCCUACAAGUCAUCGAAGUGUCCAAUAGUCAUGUGGAGGUCUUCAAGCGCCCACGAGACCAACUGUUGGCAGCCAAUGUCUACGAUCUUCCUCCCUCGAUCCUCCCCGCUCCCGAUAUCGCCUCGUUGAGUGGUGCUCUCGGUACUGCCAUGUCUACCCGCGAAGUGCAGGUCAUUAAGCGUGUUCAUGUGGCCCAACUCGAUACCUUCUUUUCACUCAGCGUGACACCCAUUUUUGAAGAGGAUUCCCUCAUCUAUCUACUCUUGGAAGCCCAGCGGACCAAGCGUCAACGGACUCGGACGAAAUCCAUCAGCGAACAAACCUAUCUCAACGAGACCUACAAAAUAUUGAUCGACACCGUAAGGGAUUAUGCCAUCUUCAUGCUGGAUACCCGCGGCUAUAUUGCGACUUGGAAUUCUGGCGCUGCGAUCUUGAAGGGAUACACGUCAUCGGAAAUCAUCGGCCAGCAUUUCUCCGUAUUCUACGGUCGCAAUGACAGCGAAAUGAACAAGCCCGCCCGUGAGCUGGAAGUCUGUUUGAAAGAAGGAAAAGUGGAGGAUGAGGGCUGGCGUUAUCGCAAGGAUGGCAGCCGGUUCUGGGCUAAUGUCAUGAUCACCGCCAUCUAUCAGAAUGGCAGCCAUGCGGGAUUCGUGAAAGUCACCCGUGACCUGACUGAACGCCGUGCGGCGGAGGCCCGUUUGAUUGACGCCUUCGAAGAAUCCGCCAAGCUCAAGUCCGACUUCUUGGCCAACAUGUCCCACGAAUUGCGCACCCCGAUGAACGGAAUGCUCUUGGCCUUGACAAUGCUACUGAGGACUGACUUGACUGAUGAUCAGCGGGAAUUCGCCUGCAUUCUUGAAGACUCGACCUCUAUCUUGCUGCAGGUCAUCAACGAUGUGUUGGAUUAUUCUAAGCUAUCGUCGGGAACCUUUCCUUUGAACCCAGACGUGGUCCAUAUUCCCGAUGUGAUAUCUGCGGUAGUUCGAAACUGUCAGUCGGCGCUCAAGCCUGGGGUUCAAAUCAUGAGCGGCGUUAGUGACGGGUUUCCUCCAAACCUCAGAGGUGACCCACUACGAUUCCGCCAAGUCCUGCAAAAUUUAGUCACCAACGCAGUCAAGUUCACUGAGAGUGGUCAUAUUCGAGUUCAUGCCACUUAUGCCAUCGAUGAAAAGGACCCCGAGAUGUAUGUGAUUUCUACACAGGUAGUGGACACUGGUAUCGGCGUACCUGAAGAUGCCGCGAGCAUCCUUUUCAACCCCUUCACACGAUUCGCGGACACGGCCGCAAAAAGAUAUCAAGGUACUGGCCUCGGUCUGUCGAUAUGCAAGAGCCUGGCGGAAUUGAUGGAUGGAGCAGUUGGAUUCCAUGCCAAUCCCGAUGGACCCGGUAGUGUCUUCUGGAUGACAGCCAAGAUGGCUCGCCUGACCUCGCCAGUGUCUCCAGUAAAGCAAAGGUUGCCACCGGCUACCCCCGAGGCGUUGGAUAAUUCCGCGUCACUCCAGAAGGUCGCCCCACACAAACACAUUCUUCUAGUUGAAGACAACAAGGUCAACCAACUUAUCAUGUUGAAACUUCUCAGCAGUUUGGGUUUCAAUCGUGUUGAUGCUGCCUGGGACGGAGCAGAAGCAGUGCGUAUGGUCAAGCAGAAACCUUUGGCCUACAAUGUGAUUUUGAUGGACAUCAACAUGCCGGUCAUGGAUGGAUUGACGGCCACCGCACACAUCCGACGGAUGAAAAUCGAUGUGCCCAUUCUUGCAUUAACAGGGAACGCUCUCAAGGGAGACGCAGAUAUGUAUCUGGCCAAGGGGAUGGACGAUUACAUCGCUAAGCCCUUGCAUCGGCAGCAGCUGGUGGAUUUAUUAUGGAAAUGGUGUGGAAGCUAA